AUGCCUGAGUCAGCUAGGGGUAGUGACUAUCGCAAAGAAGUAAAAGUAGGAGGUUUGCACAAAGUUCCGAUGUGGGACUUUGUGCAAGUUGUUGUGAUGAUGACACGUGUCUCCUGUGUUUUAGGUUUGGCAGUUCGGAGCUUCGGCAGGUGGUUGUCCCUUCGGAAGAGCAUCUCCCUUUGGCAGGGAGGAAGACAUGUCUACCUUGGUGUUCAAUCACGCUUGUGGCUUCUGGUUUGGGAACUUGUGAAGAGGUUGUGUAAUUCAACCAAGCGUGUCAGCGGGGCGGGUGCUGAAGGUAGUCCCCUAGUCCCCCAAGGGUGCCGAAGGUGGCCUUCCGAAGAUACCCUUCCGAAGGGAAGGUGUGACGUCAUCGCGAGGUCUCCUUCCAAGCUUCGGAAGGGAGCCUUCCGAAGGGAAGGUGUGACGUCAUCAUGCCUUCCGAAGGGAAGGUGUGACGUCAUCGCAAGUGAUCCUCCUAACCUUCGGAAGGGAGCCUUCCGAAGGGAAGGUGUGACGUCAUCAUGCCUUCCGAAGGGAAGGUGUGACGUCAUCGCAAGGUCUCCUCCCAAGCUUCGGAAGGGAGCCUUCCGAAGGGAAGGUGUGACGUCAUCAUGCCUUCCGAAGGGAAGGUGUGACGUCACCGCGUGUCGCGAGGGGUCCUUCUAA